CAAUUGUGUUUGCUGCAUCCUCCUGGCUUUCCUUCCUUGGUGGAGUUACAAGCUGGGAUGUAGAUGAUCUUCAAGUUGAGUAAUAACGUUUUUUGUUCUAUCUUUCGCAAGUUCCGCGAUCAUGAACGCUCCUUCCUCGUGCAGUUUCUAUUAACAUUUUGGAACUAGUACUUCUUCCACCCAAUCAUGCUCCACUCAUCCCGUGUUCUUUUCAUCCGCCCCGGGCACCGGGAAAAUUGGUGCAAGCGGCUCCGGAAGUACAAAAAAAACACGUGGGACUGGGAGGACAAGUCUAUCUCGGAGUGGCUGUGCAAUCAGCCCUUCCAGGAAGCGAGCCGGUUUACGCACCCGGCGCAUCUGGAUCGGUACGGAUUUCCGCGGUAUCCGCAAACGCCCGGGAACCUGCGGCCGGACCGGGACCGGGUAUGAAUUGCAAAAAUGUCUGGGUCUGGAAGGUUGGAACUUGUCAUGCUAAAUCUGAACCACGCAAAAAUCUGUGUUGCGUGAUUACCAAAUGCUACCCACUUUUGAUUAAGUUGAGAGGCAAUUUCCAAUGCAGGACAGGCAUGACAGUGAUCUCGCGAAAUCUGUUAUGCUAGGUUCUGCGUUACAGAUCACAUGGGUCAUGGAAAACCUGGAUGACAAGUCGAGCAAAGUUCCAGGCCCAGACAUUUUUGCAUUUGAUACCGGGCAAAGUACUGCAACAUGAGUUCCGUGCACAACCAGGACAUGCGGAAUCGCGGGCUUAGGAGACCCGAACACUUGAUCCACAGUCUGGGCGGGGAACAUGUAGAGUCCGGACAUCACUUGUUGAAGGCGAAAGGAAUCAAAUACGUUCGCAGUUUUGUGUGAAGAGGACUUUUUUUGCGCAAAAUCUUCAUAUUUCUAGAAAUCUUACAGCGACAGGUGCAGAAAUAAAAAGAAGCGAAAAUAUGUAUCCAGCGGUGAGCUGAAAUCGAAACAAAACCUGUGCUGUUUUUUCAUGUGCCGAAUCUGCAACAGCUAUGCUCUCUCCACCACGUUCAUCUUUCGGUUGCUCUGUCAUUUUUGUCCUUUGGUCUGAGUCCUCUUGGAAGUGUUUGCGAACGAGCUGGGAAGCCGCUCCACUCAUUUUUUCGGUUGUAAAAACAGUGGGUCGCACUGAGCACUACACAACUCGCUCCUCUUUUCGGUCGGCCGGUCAGCCUUAGAUUGACAUGUCGGUGCCGAAGUGGC